GCCAGUACCUUGGCAUAGUCAUUUCAUUAAUGGGAAGCUUUAUUAGCUUGAGUCCUGCAGAGAUAGACAAGAAAGGCAGAGAAAGAGACAGAAAACUGUCAUCCAGCUGCCAUUGAAAAUGGGAAAAGAUUGCUCUGAUAACCUCUAAAAUCUGGUUUUAUUAGAAUUACUUAUGCUCUUAUAGGUAAGAAGGUAUUAAUCUUCUUGCAGAAAUUUUUUUCUAAAUUUUGUGAGGCAGUGUGGGAUUUUCUUUGGUAGGGAAACUAUUAAAACUGAGGGUGAGCUGGAAUAGGAGACAAGGUGCUAGGAAGAAAAAGGGAGGAACUGUGAUUUUUAGUGGGAAGUUAUUUUUUUCAUCAAAAUCUGCCUUUUUGCUUUGGUAAACACUUGAGGUGACCUGUAUUGAAUAUUGGAUAUUUAAUGUUUGUGGUGAUUUAGGAUGACACCUGGAAGAUAAAACCCUGAGAGCAUCACAGUCUCAGCCCUGGCCUAUGCCAGGAACCUCAGAGAACAUGGCCUGUGUUCCAUGGGAGGAGAAAAUUAGGGGAAUGCUCUGGUUGGACACAAAAUAGUGCUCCCGAGGCAAAAAGGCAAUGGUUAGAGACUGUGAACUCUGUUAUGUGUCCUCAGGUACCCAGUUCUGCUGCUGACAUGGUAAAUGUCCAAGUUUGUGUUCUCUUUCUCAGUUUUUCUGUCCUGUAGAUCAGAAAAACUAUACUUAGCCUGUUUUAGGGAGAGCUCUGCUAUUCUGUUGACAGAAGGCUUAAAUGCUGUUGUAUUUGAACAGUUGUGUUUUUCUUUUGACAGUUGAGUCAGACUUGAGUCUGGGUGAGGGUGAGAUGGCAGAGCCUUUGCCUGGUGAAAAUGGUGGUUUGGAAGUACAAAGUGAUUUAAGUGUUGGCAGUUGGGAAGUUAUUUUCCUUUGGUUUAUACAAUUCAGGUUAGACUGGUAGUUAAGAUGAAGAGAAGGAAUGAGAAAAGAACUGUUUCCCAUGAAAAGCCUUAUAAUCUGCAGAUGCCUUAGUUCAUGGGAGUGUCAGUGUGUUCAGGACAGUGUGAGGGUUAUGCAGUUUACCAGCAAGAUGGUUUGUUAUCUAAGGCUGGACAAAUUUCUGUAUGCACUCCUAAGAUGGAAUAGGCAGUUUCCCCUUAUGUUUUUGCUGAUUUAUGAGGUAACUCAAAUGAAGCAUUGUCUCUGACUUUGUCUGUUGUAAAUCUAGGGAAACAAAAGGAACAUGCAUUUUCAAAAAAAUGAAUAGAAAAAUAUAGCUUAGGAGUGUCAAAACACCUAAGCAAAGUGAUGCUUAACUGAAAGGGGGUUGGUUAGUCAUCCACUUUGCAAAUUCUCUUUUUGUAUUGAGGAUGGAAGAAGAUUAGUGAGAUGAAAAUCUGUGUUAUUACAGAGAUAAGAAUGGGUUAUGGCUGGGUCCCAAAGGAGAAGGAAUUUUUUAUUAUUAAAAAAACCCAACCCUUUGCUGUGAUUCAUGUGUAAUGCUUAGACAAUUACAUGCAAAAAAAUUACAAUAGUAGUGUACAGCAUGGUGUAUAUAUCUGUAAAUGUAUGUACAAAUACUGACGUAACAUAAAUUUAGAUCCUGACCCAGUGCUUGUUCAAUUCAGUGGAAAUGCUUCUGAUGGUUCUGACAAGCAUUUGAUCAGAUUCUCACACUGACACUGGAAUGUGUUCUGAAGCUCAAACCAGAUCUUCUGCUUUAGAAUAUUUUUUUCUAACUGCCUUAAAAUGGAGCAGAGUUGAUUCCAAGUCUUAAAAAAUAUUUGCCCUGCACAUGGGACCUUUCUGUGUUUUUUUUCUACUGAAACACUGAUAGUAUACAGUGAUAAUACUCCCUUGCCAUGUUGCACAAUUUUUGCAUAGAGUAAGAACCAUAAAACAGCAGAAUAUGCUGACUUACAGGGGACCCAUCAGGAUGAACGAGUCCAACUCCUGUCUUUGUGCAGGACACCCCAAGAAUCCCACCAUGUGCCUGAGUGCAUUGUCCAAACUGACAGCUCAUGUACUUUCUCUCUCAAGUAGUGGAAGAAUGUUGUUGGCCCCACAAGGGCAUGGUAGGUCAAAGUUUUGGCUCAGUCUACAAGUCUAAAAGGCUUUUCACUUAGUGAAACCAUAAAGAAACCUCCAGCUGGCUGGAUGCCUCUCUUAAAAAUACAAGUGUGGCCUUAUUCCGAAAUGAUGCUCAGGGAAAGUUGUGCAUGCCUCAAUGUCUUGGGAUGAGAGGAGUGGGAGGGGGACCUUUGCUGAGAUUCCAGUGAAGCCAGGAAAGUUAGAUGUUUGCAUGAAAACACGGGGAGUUUAAUCUGCUUGACUCAGAAUUACUGUGAAAGGAUAGAGUAAGAGAGGGGAAGAGAAAGAAGGAUGGCAGCAGAGAGCUUUUAACUUGAGACAUGAAAGGAAAUUAAGAAGGUGAGCAGAAAUUUUUAUUUCAUUGCAAGCCCAAAGCUCCUUUAGCUGUUAAUGUGAGCUAUGAAAUUGUGGAGCUUCAUGCAGUGUUUCCCUUCCAGCAGAAGAGCACAGAGCUGGGUGCUGUCUGCAUUGAGAGUGUUAUGUACAGCUUUACUUUAGUGCCUUUCUGGGUCGGUGGCUCUCAAACAAUGCCACACAGAGCUGCUUUAGUUGUGUUUCCAUGAGUCAGUCUUCUCCCUGAUCAUAACUCAGUGUCCUAGAGAAUCUGCAGGCUUUUCUGACUGCUAAUCUCAAAGCAUUUGUGGUGUUCCUUGAACUCAGGUUGGUUGAUCAUGUGUACCUUUUUGCAGAUGCCAUUCUUCCUUACAAUUCAACCACAGUCAGAUUGUUGACUUCAUAAAAUCAAGUAAAAUUAGGCAGCUAAGUCCUUGUACCUUUAGCAUUGAAAGAAUUGAUAAUGCUCUCCUCAGAUCGUUCUGGCACUGCUCUCUCAGUAUCCAUAAUCUGUAUUAUUGUCUCAUGAUUACUGAUUUAUGCAAAGAUUUUUUUUCCAGGCAUAAUGUACAGUACAAUCAAGCAACUGCAUCAUUUGUAAUCUUUCAAAAUAUGUUUGUGCAGCAGAUUGUUUUACCUCUGCAUGCCAGAAAACAUAAAGGAAGGGGAAUGAUUGAGUAAAAUAGUGUAUUUAAAUAUACUUGCCAAACAAGCAUAUAUGGUAGUGGAGAUUUCUCUGGGUAUAUCAGGUAUCUGCUUCCAUAUGUGGGAAGGUUUGGUGAUGGUUUGAGCAUUUAUACAGUCAACCUCAGUGACAAUUGGGAGCCCCGAGGGAGGAGGGAACAGUCUGUUCAACAUUUGUGUAUUCCUCAUCAACUGACUGCACCUGCAAUCUUAAUCAUCAGCAAUCAGGUAUUUGGGCAUUUUGGAAAGUAGUAGCAGUGAGGAGCAGAGCUUGAGAAGACUCUGUGGAAAGAGAAAGAAGGCUAUCAUUCCUGAAGUGUGAGGAAAACCCUGAAGAUAUGUCUGUGUCUGAGCAUUGGCUAAGCUGAAUUUGGGGCUGAACACUAAGCAAGCAUGUAAAAGAACCUUGUUCCUGAGUGAAGCAACUGAUGAGUAUUUUCCUUCACCCGGCUGUGAUCAAAGGAUGCAAAAAGAAGGUGCCAUCAUGUGAAUGUGAAACACCUAAAUGAGAAACAGGACGCAUGGGAAGGCUGAGCUGAAACUGCUUGUGCACAGAAUGACAGACUGAUUUGCUACUGGAGACGAGAUUCUGGAAACCUUGUUCUUCCAGAGACUUCUGAGUGAGAGGAGAGGAGUCCGAGGAAGCACACAAAAGAGCGAUGGGAAUUGAGGGCCAUGGUUACCUGAGAUAAAUGGCAGAUCUCUGGGAGUCUCUCCUUGUAGCUGUUUGCUUUAGCUUUUUCUCUCUCUGCAGCUGCACUUUCUUUUUUGUGAGCCGCUGCUGGGCACUGCCACGGCGCCACUGGAGAUUCCAAGCGCGCCGUGGGUCCGGAGCGUGAGGACGGGGUGAGCCGCCCGCCUCACCAUGAUUCAGCUGUGGAAAGUGGUGCGGCACGUGCGACAGCUGGAGCUGCACAGAUUGAUCCUGCUGCUCAUUGCCUUCAGCCUGAUCUCCAUGUGCAUCCUGGCUUAUUACGUCACUAACAGUCCCAAAAUCAAGGAGCCGCCGCCCCUGCCCUUCAGUGACUGCAGCAGCCAGCACCGCAUCUUGAUCCCACCGCAAGCCAGCUGGAGGCUCACCAAGUCUGUGGACACAUCGCGCACAGAUCCCGUGGUGCUCGUCUUUGUGGAAAGCAUUUACUCCCAGCUUGGGCAGGAAAUAGUGGCCAUCCUGGAAUCCAGCCGGUUUAAAUACAGGACAGAGAUCGCCCCUGGCAAAGGGGAUAUGCCCACCCUGACAGACAAAGAUAGAGGACGCUAUGCUCUAAUUAUCUAUGAGAACAUCCUGAAAUAUGUGAAUCUAGAUGCUUGGAACCGAGAGCUGCUAGACAAAUACUGUGUAGAGUAUGGAGUGGGAAUUAUAGGCUUUUUUAAAGCUAACGAGAACAGCUUGCUCAGCGCACAGCUCAAGGGUUUCCCCCUUUUCCUACAUUCCAACUUGGGGCUGCGGGACUAUCACAUCAAUCCUAGUGCUCCCCUGCUCUAUGUCACCCGGGCUAAUGAGGUGGAGCAGGGUCCUCUGCCUGGUGAUGACUGGACUGUGUUUCAGUCAAACCACAGCACCUAUGAGCCAGUGCUGUUAGCCAGCACGAAAUCCUCGGAGUCCAUUCCUCACCUGGCCACUCACAAAGCAUUGCAUGCCACAGUGAUGCAGGACCUGGGUCUGCAUGAUGGGAUCCAGCGGGUUCUCUUCGGCAAUAACCUCAAUUUUUGGCUGCACAAACUCAUUUUCGUGGAUGCCAUUGCGUACUUGACUGGCAAACGCCUCUGUCUGACACUUGAUCGCUAUAUCCUUGUUGACAUUGAUGAUAUAUUUGUGGGAAAAGAGGGCACUCGCAUGAAAGUGUCUGAUGUAGAGGCUUUACUGAGCACUCAGAAUAAGCUGAGAACUUUAGUCCCAAAUUUCACCUUCAACCUGGGCUUCUCAGGGAAAUUUUACCACACAGGUACAGAUGAGGAAGAUGAAGGGGAUGACAUGCUGCUCAAGCACAGGAAAGAGUUCUGGUGGUUCCCUCACAUGUGGAGUCACAUGCAGCCUCAUCUUUUCCACAAUGUCACUGUGUUGGCUGAGCAGAUGAAGCUGAACAAGCAGUUUGCUGUGGAGCAUGGGAUUCCCACAGACUUGGGCUAUGCUGUAGCCCCCCAUCAUUCUGGGGUUUAUCCUGUCCACACACAGCUCUAUGAGGCAUGGAAAUCUGUUUGGAGCAUCCAAGUAACGAGCACAGAGGAAUACCCACACCUACGGCCUGCCCGGUACCGGCGUGGAUUCAUCCAUAAUGGAAUCAUGGUUCUGCCUCGACAGACCUGUGGUCUUUUUACUCACACUAUCUUCUAUAAUGAGUAUCCUGGUGGCUCAAAGGAGUUGGACAAGAGCAUUCGUGGUGGUGAGCUCUUCCUGACAGUGCUUCUGAACCCAAUCAGCAUCUUCAUGACACACCUGUCCAACUAUGGGAAUGACCGUCUGGGACUGUACACUUUUGAAAGCCUGGUCAAGUUUGUGCAGUGCUGGACCAACCUUCGCCUGCAAACACUGCCUCCAGUUCAGCUUGCAAAAAAGUACUUUGAAAUCUUCCCACAGGAGAAGAAUCCCUUGUGGCAGAAUCCCUGUGAUGAUAAAAGGCACAAGGAUAUCUGGUCGAAAGAGAAAACAUGUGAUCGACUCCCCAAGUUCCUCAUCGUGGGACCUCAGAAAACUGGCACAACAGCUGUGCACUUCUUCUUGACCAUGCAUCCAGCUGUGACCAGUAACUUCCCAAGUCCAUCCACCUUUGAGGAGAUCCAGUUUUUUAAUGGCCCCAACUAUCACAAAGGAAUUGAUUGGUACAUGGAAUUCUUUCCCAUUCCCUCCAAUGCCAGCACAGACUUCAUGUUUGAGAAGAGUGCCAAUUACUUUGACACAGAGGUGGUACCAAAACGUGGUGCAGCCCUGCUGCCUCGAGCCAAAAUCAUCACUGUUCUGAUUAACCCUGCUGACCGAGCCUAUUCGUGGUAUCAGCACCAGCGUGCUCACAACGACCCUGUGGCGCUCAAUUACACUUUCUACCAAGUGAUCUCUGCGAAGCCGCAGGCCCCGCAGGAGCUGCGCACCCUGCAGAGCCGAUGCCUGUUCCCCGGCUGGUAUUCCACCCACCUGGAGCGCUGGCUCACCUACUAUCCCUCUGGGCAGCUUCUCAUUGUGGAUGGUCAGGAGCUGAGACACAACCCUGCCUCUGUAAUGGACAAUAUCCAGAAGUUCUUGGGAGUUACGCCACUCUUCAACUACACCCAGGCCCUCAGAUUUGAUGAAGCAAAAGGAUUUUGGUGCCAGCUGCUAGAUGGAGGAAAGACUAAAUGCCUAGGAAAGAGUAAAGGAAGGAAAUACCCCGAUAUGGAUUCCUUGUCACGGCUCUUUCUAAGAGACUUCUACCGGGAGCACAACAUUGAAUUAUCCAAGCUGAUGAACAGACUGGGGCAGCCCCUUCCAACCUGGCUCCGAGAGGAGCUGCAAAACUCUAGCUGGAGCUGAGAGGGACUCCCUGGCCCCACUGCCAUUGGCAUGUGUGGUGCUCCAACGUGUGCAAUGAUGCCAUCUCCUGUCAAGCCAAAACAACUGGACAAAGGAGCAGAGAAUGUGCAGGUGGAGCCUCGCCCCACCCUUGGAAAGGGCUGCUGCCCUGACACUGCCUUGGGGCAUAGAGUGCAAGUCACAUUCUUGAGUAUUAAUGGUGUGCUACUACAAUUUGACUUUUACUUACAGGAAGGAUUUGAAAUGACUGCCCUACUUAGAGCAGGGGAGAGAGCAGAGUUAACACUUUGUGUAUUUUUAAAUUCCUUUUCUCAGUCUAUGAAACAGGCACGAGCUGGAGUUAAUGUGUUGUUCCUCUGAGCCUGGAAGUAAAGGCUGAAGAGGGGAGACAAUUGAGCCCACUGCUGAGAAAAGAGCAGCAGCCUAAUAAAAGGGGAAUCCAGUGCAGUGAAGCCCAGCUUUUAUCCGUAGUGUAUUGGCCACAGCGAGGCCCAAGAACACGCUGUUCUGCCCGUGCCCAUUGCUUACAGUGCCACUGCGUGGGGAGGGUGGGGACUGCACCUGCGGGGACGGGCACAGACCGGUAACUUAUCCCUCCUUAUCUGCAGGGCUUGGGGUGGGACACACUGUCUGCUAACUCUGGUCAAUGAAUUGCUUUGUGAUCUUAGAGAAAAGGUUUGCCACAUGUGGCAACGGGGCAAGUAUUUCGCUGCAGGGACUUAACACAUGUCAAAAGAUAAGCAAGGAGCAGUAAUGUCCCUGUAGAGCACUUGGGAGGUGUGUGUAAGUGCAGCCCAGCAGCAGGGGGAGGCAAAGCUCAGGUACUGUAAAAUAUGGCUGAUGUUACAGCUGAAAGCAGGUAAUUCAGUUCCCCAUGCCUGAUCAGCUUAAAAAAAAUCCCUUUCCAACAGUUCCAACACCCCUACCACAUAGUCCAGGUGCUAGGACUGUUUUAAUCUUCUUGCACGCCUAUGGUUCAGAUAUAAAGGAGCGGCUUUGCACCAGAAGUGGUUUCCUAUGCCUAAAAGGGCUUCUGCUUCUCCAAAGUACACUAAGGUACUUUGCCUCCUCCUGCAGUUAUUGGAUAAUUGGAUAAUUAUUCUCAGAGGAAAUCCUCCAUCAUGGUUGUACAUAUUUUCUUUGAGCCCUCCUUCCCAGGCACAGGUGGUCCUUGGAGAGUGCUGCAGUGGGGCAGGAUCCACAUGAACAAGUUAUGGAAACAUUCACAACUGUCACAAGCCACUUCUCUCUCAUCCAGAGAGAAGUUGCUUCAACGGAGCUUUUCCAUUGAGCCUUAGGUAUUGUGUAUUUCUGAAUGAAUGGUGCAUUUACCGUUGUAUGUAAAUGUAUAUAGUAUGCAAUAUAGUAUUUUAUUUCAUGUGCCCUUGGAAAGGGUUAUUUUGUGCAGCCAAAAAACAGAUGGAAAGACUAGAAACCCCUCUCUCAUUCCUCUUAGAGAGAAAAGCCCAACUUCCUGCACUUGAUUCAUGUAUAGCAUCAUUCACAUUGAAUGAUAAUGAAGAAAUUCUUGGCUCUCGAAGCUGAGCACAUGUGUCUCAAUAAAGGCUAGAAGUAGAAGUAAGUGGAGAUUCAAUAAAUGUACUACUUAUUUUUCUUC